GACUAAUUUUCGUAAAACGUUAAAAUAUUGUGUUUUGUUUCUUUUGUGUCAGUAUUUUGGCGGUUUUGAUAUGUUACAAUGGCAGACAUAAAAGCACUAGAAUACUCCACCUUAAAGGUUCCAUAUGAGAUUCUCAACAAAAAGUUUCGAGCAGCGCAGAAGGUAAUUGACAGAGAAGUAUCACUUGUGCACAGUGCAACUAAUGAUUUGACGAAUGGUCUGGGCUCGGUACCAGUCAAGGUGGGUGAGAUCACUGGCUUCCUUGAUGGAGUGGUUCAAAAACUGCAAUCACUGAAAAGAAAGUCAGAAGAAUGUCUUUCCCAAGAAGAAGGUUGCUUACGGCACUGUCGUGCACGCCUAGACCACAUCAAAGAGCAUGCAAAUGGAAGAAAGAGUGCUAUGUUGGUGUGGAAAAAGAAACGACUGGAUCGAAUGUUGGUGGAUCAUUGUCUUAGAUCUGGGUACUAUGAAACUGCAAUUAAACUCGCAAAAGAUUCACAAAUUGAGGAAUUCGUGGACAUUGAAUUAUUCCUGGUCUCAAGGAAAGUAGAAGAGUCAUUAUUGAGGAGGGAAAUUGGGCCUUGUCUAGCUUGGUGUUAUGAAAACAAAUCCAAACUAAGAAAAUUCAAGAGUAACCUUGAAUUUAAUGUGAGAAUGCAAGAGUUUAUUGAACUGGUGAGGAGAGGUGACAAAAUGGAAGCAGUUAGGUAUGCUAGGAAGCAUUUUCCUCCUGCAAAUGUUGAUGGUACAAUGACAAAGGAGAUCCAGAGAGCCAUGGCUUUACUGGCUUUCAAACCAGGGACCAGCUGCUCUCCUUACAGGGAAUUAUUUGAUCUGGAGAGAUGGGGUCAGCUGGUGAUGCAGUUCAGGAGAGAGAAUUUCCAACUUCACCAGCUUAAUGACCAAUCAGCUUUGGCUGUCACAUUGCAGGCAGGAUUGUCUGCUCUCAAAACACCUCACUGUUAUCAAGAGGGCCACAAGAGCUCUGAGUGUCCUGUCUGUAGUCACCCUCUGAACAUCUUAGGGCGUCCUCUUCCGUACGCCCACUGCGCUCAGUCCAGGCUGGUGUGCCCCAUGUCAGGGCAUAUCAUGAACGAGAACAACCCUCCCAUGGUACUUCCCAAUGGAUACGUAUAUGGAGAGAAUGCUUUACGGGGGAUGGCGAACGAAAACGAUGGUCGCGUUACUUGCCCUAAAACGAAGGAGACUUUUCGUGUGGAUCAAGCUGACAAAGUUUACGUUAUGUAAGCAAAACAAAACAACCUUCUCCUAAGAAAUGUCAGGAGUUCCAUCAAAUUACAACGUGGCUUUGUAAUGCUCCCGCUACGUCGCCUUAUUUGAAAUAAUUAUAAACUCAUCCAAAGAACAAGGUUUGAAGAUUUUCGUGGAGGAAUGCUUUGACUUGGGAAGAAAAAUCAUUAUGUUAAGAGCCACGCAAGUAAUUUUACUUGUGUCAACAGAAGUUCCUCCCGUAAAAGCUUCAAACAGCCUCCUAUAGCACACGUGUUAUGAGUUUCAAUGACUUUUUCCUUAAGCGACCGCCUAUGGUGUAAUAGGCGCCUCUGCCCCAUAAAGGGGCCGUAUAUGGUGAACUCAAACAUGAUGGCCUACUCAAAAAAAAGUCUAGCGGUAGAUCACCGGUUACUGGCCUUUAUUGGAACCUCUGUAUAUGAUAUGUCGGCCUGACUUUUUCGUGUAUUUUUCCCUCGAGCUGUGCUCUUAAUUGUAAAAUGGUUUGUUAUUAUGUUUUUGGCUUUUUAUUAUUGUUGCGAUCAUUUUUUAAGAGAAAAAAAUAACGUGCGGGACUUGUUCUUGAGCGUAAAGAUGAAGUUGCUGGUGGAGAGUAUAACACGAGCAGUGUUUAGUUGAAAGUCAUAUUUGAUUAUAGAGUUCUUCAGAUGUAGUAACCAAAAUUUCAGAAGGAGAGAAAGAUGAAUUGCUGGCGGAUUUUACACGAGCAGUUACAUUUUGAAAGUCUUCUUAGAAUAAGAAAUUGUCCAGGUUUUAAAAUAACCACCUUUUGCAGAAAGGAAAGUUAAAAUGAUACGGGUCUCAGGAGGGUGGCAUUAACCGAACCUUGAAAUUGGGAUAUCGAUUGCUGUUGACACUUAAAGAUAAUUUCGUCUCCAAGUUGUAUUUAUGCUACUCCAUUUUUGUAAGAUUUAAAUAAAAAUUGAAUCGAGCUGUUGUA